UUCAAAAUUUGCGGGGCAACACACUGGCUGGGGGAACGGCAUCCCACUUCGCUUCCCACCACCACGCCCGUCCCGCUUCCCCUCUCUCGGCCUCUCCGGGUUCCGGGCGCGGCGGAUUGAUUGAUUGAUCUGACCCUUCCGCCCCCAAGAAAUUUAUCACCCCCAAUCCAACACCUUCCUUCUCUCACAGCCUCCCGAGCUUCCGAUUUCCGCAUUCCAAUCCGCCUCUGCCCCCCUUUCCUCGACCGCGUCCGUCUCCAUGGGGAGGAAGAAGGGCGCCGUCGGCGGCGCGAAGAGCGUGGCCGUGCCCGUGCCGGCGCAGACGGAGGUGGAGGUUGAGAAGGAGGCCAAGAAAGCGGCUCCGAGGAAGCGCAACCCGUGCCCCGGAAUCCGCGCCGUCGGCGGCCGGAUCUACGACCCGGAGAACGGCAAGACCUGCCACCAGUGCCGUCAGAAAACAACGGACUUUGCGGUGGCCUGCAAGCAGCCCGGGGGGAAGGGGCCCUGCUCAACCCACUUCUGCCACACGUGCCUGUCCAACAGGUAUGGCGAGGACGCGAAGAAGGCGGCCAAGAAGGCGCGCUGGGCCUGCCCCAAAUGCAGGGGCAUCUGCAACUGCAGCUUCUGCAGAAAGAAGAAAGGGGAGACUCCCACAGGGAUACUGGCCCAUGCCGCCAAGGCGACAGGGCACUCUUCCGUCCAUGAGCUGCUGAAACAGGGCUCGGACAUGGUGGCCGCUGCACAGACGCUGACCUCGCUCCCCGUGAAGAUCAAGAAGGAACAAAAGAGGGCCCUAGGGACAGAUGAUGAUGCCGAUGGAAUAGUGGUUGAUGGGGAUGAGAAUGUAGGGACUGAUCUCAAUGCAUUUCCUUUAUCUCCUGCCAACAAGAAGCUGAAGAAGGGCGCUUCUGAUGAGAGCACUGAUGUGCUCAAGACCAAAACUGAGCUACCCAAAGGUACUCUGGUCACUAAUGUUGUAGGGGCCAAGCUGGAGGCCGACGAUGUUGGGUCUGCGAUUCAGUUUUAUGAAUUCUGCCGCACAUUUGCUGAGGUGUUUCAAAUAAAGAAGGGACAGCCUGAAAAAGUUCUUCAAGUCAUAACUGGAGGAAGCCGUAAAGGCCGAGUGGUGCCUUCAGUUGUUGCUGAUCUUCACAUUAGUUUGCUGUCUGUCCUCCAAGAAGACAGAGGAGAGAACCCUUUGGACUAUUCAAGAGAUGGGGAUGCUUGGAUAACUGAGACUGGCAGAUAUAUUAGUGAAUCCACAGUUAUCUCGAAGGAACUACCUCUUGACUGUUUAAACCAAGGGGUAUCAGGAUAUAAAAAGUUGAGCCCUUCUUUAAAGCUCCAUGUGCUGAAUUUUCUGUGUGAUGAGACCCUUUCUACUGCAACAUUAAGGGGCUUGAUUGUCAAACAAGAUGAAGGUGCCACUGAGAGAAAGAUUGCUGCAAGAGAAAAAAUCCGUGCUGCGAAGGAAAAGGAAAAAGAGCUUAAAGAAAGACUAAAGAAUGAGAUGGAUAAAUCAAUGUUUCUGAGAAAAGGAGAAGAAAUUAAGAGUCUCAUUUCUCAAAUUAAGGAGUUAAAUGAAGACAAGGAGGCAGCAGUAGAUGAUGAGAAGCUGGGAGAUCUACUUAGGACAAAGCCUGUCAGGAAAGACAAAGGGGUUGCAUACUGGAAGUUUGAUGGUUAUUACAAGAAGACCUCAAUAAUGCGCCAAGAGUUUGACACAACAGGGAACAAUGACAAGUGGUUUAUGUUCACUGAGGAAGAAGAAAAAGUAAUUGGAGAUCAUUUGGCCCCAAGGUCCCAACUUCAGUGCAAGAGUCAUACCCAGGCAUGAUGACCUACUGAACUUUUGUUUCAGUGGUUUGAAGGUGAGGUGGUGGUAUGCUAGCGUCCUGGCGUUGCGUGUGAUCCAAGUUGCGGGCUGACAACCUUUUGCGGUAGGGAAGUUACGCAAUGGCAGAAGAAGCAACAACUACCUGAAGAUGCAGUCACAACAUUCGAAUCCUAGGGUUAUGUUUUGUCCAGAUGGAAACUUGGGAGGUUUUUGUGAACCAUGGACAAAGUAUGGUUUGAAUGUUGUGAACUAACUCGGGAGGUUUGAAUGUUGUCACAUGGUCGCUUAUGUUGGUUGUAUAACCAAUUGUUCUGUAGCUUGCAUAUAGCAAGAAAUCCAAUUCACCUGUAUCUCAGGUGGUGGUUAUGCAUCUAGCAUGGCUAGGAUUCCCCCACUUAAGUUGCCUGAAUUCGGUCUUCACCUGCUUAUGUCGCUUUUUCAUUCUAUGGUGAUGUAGCUUCAGACCCAUCUAGAAAUGCUGAUCGCCUUCUUCCACA